AUGUUCCGCGCACUCGGGCUACGCAGUCCAGCAUCGCCAGCAUGGACAGGCGCCUGGCGAAGAAUGUUCUUUUCAGAAACCACGAACCCAAUUCUCAGAACCAUUCGAACCCAACAACUAGCCAGACUUCACAUGUUGCGAAACACCACCACCCGCCAGUCGGCAAGCCGGCCCAGUCUGUCACUCCCGAGAAUACAACGUCGUGGCUUCCGCUUCUCCCCAUGGCGUCGAAACACGACACAGAACGGCACGCAGGAAAAGCUUACGCUGAGCCAGCGACUGAAGAGACUUUCCAAGGAAUACGGCUGGUCAGCCGUGGGCGUCUACUUGACGCUGAGUGUGUUGGAUUUCCCGUUUUGCUUCCUCCUCGUGCGGGUUGUGGGAACGGACACGAUUGGGAAAAUCGAGCACUACGUUGUGUCGACGGUCAAGCAGUUCAUUCCGGAGUCUGUUCGUCAAAAGUGGCAUGAGUAUUGGCGAUCUAUUAAGAGCAAGGAGGUUGAGACGCUGGGGAAUGAUAAUAUCAGCGACGGGGUGGAAAUGGCUGGUUGGGGAGUCGAGGAGGCCCAGGAGCGGAACAAGGAAGAAGCCAGCUUGGGAACGCAGUUGGCACUUGCAUAUGCCAUUCACAAGAGCUUCAUCUUUUUGAGAGUGCCGCUUACUGCCGCGGUCACACCCAAGGUCGUCAAGGUUCUGAGAUCUUGGGGCUGGAACAUUGGAAAACGCGCAUCGCGCUAG